UACGUUGUGGGUACAAAACAGUUUGGCCGGCGACGUCCUCCGGUGCAGAUCAGUAUUGCUGCUGCUAUUUACUUGCCAUAGUUUGUUAGCCGCGAAAAACCAGUCGGCAGAAGUUCAGUCGGGCAGUGACAAUUAGAUUCAGACGAAUCGGCGAAUUGUAUAUGCAAUGCAUUUUCACACAUCGAAUCGAAACAACACGGCGUACUCGGAGCAUGAAGUUUGUUAAAUGUGACGAAUGAGUGUGUUUAUUAGAUAUGUUUAUGAAUCGACUUUACAUUUUCUGAUGAUUAAAUUGUAUUAGCAACGACGACAGUAUUCAAGGGAUGGACAAAAUUCUCCUAAGUUAUGCACAUAUCCAUAUGUACAAAUCCGGAUAGCUACAUACAAAUAUACUGCUCAAAUGUGUUUCAACUCCUGUGCGUAUAUAUUAGUAAAUAAGUAAAUUUUAUUUACUACACCCUCAUAGACUCGUGCUCAACCACCAACGGGUCAGCUCAUAAAGUUCGGAAGUGUGACAAACCAAUUAGAGUUUAACUUUUUGAUGCGUGUUAAUUGUAUCUAAAGCCUUCAGCGCUGACGCUUACAUUUGAUAAAAUAAUUAAACUGUAUAUUUUGCGUAAUAGCAGUUAUGCUUUUCAAUAGCUCUGCAACAUGGCCGUUCCCAGCUCUGAAAUUGUCAAACUAAAAAACGGUGCUGGUAUGAUUGGUGAGGGUGCCAAUAUCGCGAAUGUUUCUAUCACACCAACUCCAUCGCCCUUACGCACUCCAAGCAAAUCACGUCAUAUGUCUAUUGUGGACAGGGAAGAUGCUGUUACUGCUGAAAAUGUUCACUUGGACGAUUUGUACACACGAUACCGUCAGCGACUGCGCAAGUCACUUUUUAGAUCUGGCUUAAUGAUAUCAUUGCUGGCCUGUGUAGUCUCCAUGAUUAUCGUCAUUACUUACAGUCAAAAUUCUAUACAUACAUGUCUACUAGGUCUAGCUGCUAUAAUAUCAACAAUCAUAUUAACGGCUCUCCAAUUCCCAGCGGUGCUUAGCUCACCGGUAGCCGCAUUGGCGUUUGCUAUUGUAACAACUUUCACGCUCGGAACGAUAGCAGCAAUCAUCGGUGGAAAACUAGCUCCAAUACCAUUAUUUGCUGUUUUUUUAGGCAUACAUACAAUGCUGCCUAUAUCCUGGCCUGUAUCCAUGGUACUGGCGUUCUUUAUGACUACAAUUCAUGUUAUAUGCCGAAUAAGCGAGGAUUAUAGACAUAAUAUACCGCUGCUAUUAGGAGAAAUUAUUAUGCUAGUCUCAGCCUCAGUUUCUGGUCUGUAUUAUCGUAUUAUGUCAGAUGCAGCGCACAAUCGUACUGUAGAUGGCACGCGCACAGGUAUUGAGCAACGAGUCAAACUGGAGUGUGAGCGUGAACAGCAAGAACAACUGCUUCUAAGUGUCAUACCCGCAUAUAUAGCUGCAGAGGUGAAGAGAAGCAUUAUGUUAAAAAUGGCUGAUGCCUGCCAAAGAGCCGGAGGUCAGACAACUACAUCCGCAACACGCUUUCACGAAUUGCAUGUGCAACGUCACAAUAAUGUCUCAAUUUUGUAUGCAGACAUUGUCAAUUUUACACCACUAUCAGAGCAACUUUCCGCCAGCGACUUAGUAAAAACAUUAAACGAUCUUUUUGGUCGCUUUGAUCAAAUUGCAGGCGAAAAUCAGUGCUUACGUAUUAAAAUCCUUGGUGACUGUUAUUACUGUGUAUCUGGACUGCCCAUAUCAAGGCCGCAACACGCUGCCAAUUGUGUAAAUAUGGGUCUACAGAUGAUCGAUGCCAUAAGACAUGUCCGCGAAGCAACGGGAAUUAACGUUGACAUGCGAAUAGGUAUUCAUACUGGCAAUGUGCUCUGCGGUGUCCUUGGCUUGCGUAAAUGGCAAUUUGACGUUUGGAGCGAUGAUGUCACGCUGGCGAACCAUAUGGAAAGUGGCGGUGUAGCAGGCCGAGUUCAUAUUACCAAGCAGACGUUAGAAUUCCUUGAUAACAAAUUUGAAGUGGAAGAGGGAAAUGGUGCGAGCCGAGACAGUUAUCUGGCUGAUCAUAAAAUCGAAACAUACCUCAUUGUGCCACCAAAGAAAGUUACCUACCCGCAUAAUGUGCCGCAAGUGAUCGAGAUCAGAACAUCUUCAGAGCCUCAACUUAAUGAGUGCGAUGUUACUGAUCACCUUUUACCCAACCCUACACCCAAUAGCAUCUCCAACGUGUGCAUAGCUCUGGCAAGUGGGCAGAAAAAUUCUUAUCAAGAAGAUUCGAUUUCUACUGGAGCCAUUAGCGGAAUAAGUGGCGGAACUUUUUACAAUGACCGUGGAAAACUCUCUCCAUCAUCAACAAACAGUCAAGAUCCGAUGAUGGCAACCUCAAUGUCCAUCAAGGAACUGUUAGAAGAAGAUGAAGACGAUACGAGUACAAUAGCACUAUCAUCUAAUCAGCCGGAAAGAAAUUUUCAUCGUGGCAGUUCUGACUCAAAUACAAUAACCCAUGACACUCAAAUUAUGGGCGCAAAGUCUAUGUUAUCAUUACCAAACGAAGAUGUAAUUACAUCGAGUACUAAAGAUGGCAGUAAACUGGAUGUUGGAAGUGAUGUUUGUGCCAAUGUUAACAGCAGCACUUCGACUAACUCAGCAGCUCAAAUAGUAGCGAUAACUAAUAACGUAGCAAUCGCCGAAGGUUCAGAGAAGAUCCGGAGAAAACUCUCGGUACAAGGUCUUAUUUCGUUCGCUGAUAGAAGACGUUCUUCUGGCGCCUUUAUGGAAGGCCGAAAGUUAUCCAUCCACAGUGGUGAGAGUUUCCGCAGUCAUGUCGGUCACGUUACGCGCAAUCGCCCAUCAUCCAAAAUGACUAAAUAUGUAGAGUGCUGGGGUGCAGAUAAACCUUUUGCUAACAUUGCCGAAUCAAAAUUAGUAAAAAAUAUAGGAUUAGCAAGCAUUGCCAUGAUUGAAUCCAAUCUGCUGCCGCCGGAGCGCAAAUGUUUUAAUUUUAAUUUCUUAGGACCUCCAACUGAGCUAAAACCAUUAACGAUGUGGUACCGAAAUACUCCCCGAGAGGCCAUGUAUCGGGCACAACCCGACACACAUUUUCGUUUCGACUUAAUUUGUGCAUUUAUACUUUUCCUCUCAAUAGCCCUUAUUCAACUUAUUGUAAUUGAAAAAAACAUUGCUUUAAUUGGAUCAUUAGCGGCAUGCUUUAUUUCGCUCGCUCUUUUCUUGUACCUAAGCAAUAUCCAGGUACCCGAAGUUAAUGCAUCAAUGACAGAUCGCAACGGUCCCGGCCAAGUGGUGGCCAGUAGUCGAUAUCUUCGCCUUGCUAUUUUCAUUAUAGUGAAUAUAUUAAUAUCAUCGUCUGCAGUUUUUAGUGUAAUAAACUUUGUAAGCAACGUGGAUAUCGAAUCGAGAAAUGCGGAGAAUACUUUGAACUACACAUCAUUAUCGACUACCAAUGAAACGACUUUGCCAGACGUUAUAUAUACUAAUUUACGCGCUACUUCAGAUAAUUUAAAUCAAACCGAAAACGCCCCAAUUUUUAUGUUCUGCUGUGCUAUCAGCCUUGCAGCAGUAUCUGGUUUUUUACGUUCCGGAUUCAUUCUCAAACUACUUACCAUGAUUGUAACACUCGUUUGCCAGAUAGUCGUGUUGGGAUUCAGUGACCUUUAUGAAGUGUUCAAUUUAUACCAUCGAAAUGCUAUAUUAAUAGAAUAUAAAGGUUUCCUUUUAUUACUUCUGGUGAUAGCAGUUUUACACACACUGGAUCGUCAAGGUGAAUAUGUAGCCCGCACAGACUUUCUAUGGAAAGCUAAACUAAAAGUGGAACAGGAAGAAGUAGAAACAAUGCGAGGCAUCAAUAAAAUUCUUCUUGAAAAUAUUUUGCCUGCUCAUGUGGCCACACAUUUUCUCCACCAAGAGCGUUCAACUGAGUUAUAUCAUGAAAGCUAUUCUUGUGUAGCUGUGAUGUUUGCAUCAAUACCAAAUUACAAAGAAUUUUAUGAUGAAACUGAUGUCAAUAAACAAGGCCUUGAAUGUCUGCGACUUCUAAACGAAAUUAUUUGCGAUUUUGACAAGUUACUGUUAAAACCUAAGUUUAGUGGAAUUGAAAAAAUCAAGACUAUUGCAAGCACUUACAUGUGUGCAUCUGGUCUAAGGCCAGGAAAGGAAGACGGUGCUAUGGAUGAAAAGAGAACCGAGGAGCACAAUGUUACUAUUCUAGUUGAAUUUGCUAUUGCUCUCAUGUCAAUAUUGGAUUCAAUUAAUCGUGAAUCGUUUCAACGAUUUCGACUGCGUAUUGGGCUUAAUCAUGGACCGGUGAUAGCAGGAGUUAUUGGUGCACAAAAACCACAAUAUGACAUUUGGAGUAAUACGGUGAAUGUGGCUUCACGAAUGGACUCCUGUGGUGUAAUGGGAAGACUACAGACGACGGAGCACACAGCGAAAAUUCUCAUGGCUGCAGGAUAUGAGUGCGAGUGUCGAGGUAUGACUUAUGUCAAAGGAAAAGGAAAUCUAGUCACAUAUUUUGUUAAAACACAGUUCGAUGGAAAACUAUAAGAAAUCAAAAGGAGAUCAAACCCCAGAAAACAACAAAUUAGAAUACCUAUGUGCUUAGGACUUAAAUAAAAUAGAAUAUAAAUGAGGAUAACAAGCAUCAAGGAUUGCUUUUUAACUUUAAAAUAUGUAUAUAUGUAUGUAUGUACAUGCAUAAGUAAUGAAAAAUAAAUUGCAAUAUGUGUAAAGUAAUUUGUAAAGUUUUUUUUUAAUUCGUUUGUUACUAUUAUAAGCUUGAAAUAUGUAGAUGUAAGUUUAACGAAAAAACAAGCUCUGUUAUCGUGUUUGAGAAAUGAAUUUCAUAAGUUAAUAUGUACAUACGACAACCAUAAUGAAGCAAAAUCAUGGCAAUAUGAUUGUUAUGAUCAUUGUCUCCUGAAUGCCAUUAAUGGCAAAAAUCAUUCAUCAGGGAACUCGAUGGCAACUGCUGAAGCUGUCGAUACAUAGUUCUACCACAAUCGCAUACAGAAUACAAAAACACUUGUAUGUUUAUAUUGAUACAUAUAUAGUUUCACUCGUAAUAUGUAAUUCAGUUAUGAUGCAAUUAAUUUUAAAGAACAAAAAGCCCGUCUCGAUCUUACAUUAAUUAUUUAAGUUUACUAUGCCCAGACCGCAUUGUAUUUCACUAAAAAAUUUUAAUAAAUUGUAGUAUCAUACAAAUGUUA